GCGAGCCCGAGCACGGCUGGCAGCCAGCGGCGCACGGCCCCAGGAGACGGAAAGUUCGCAGUCUGGGCGCCGAGAUGCCAGGCAGCGACACGGCGCUCACCGUGGACCGGACCUACUCCGACCCCGGCCGGCACCACCGCUGCAAGAGCCGGGUAGAACGUCAUGACAUGAAUACCUUAAGCCUGCCCCUGAACAUACGCCGUGGGGGGUCGGACACCAACCUCAACUUUGACGUCCCAGAUGGCAUCCUGGACUUCCACAAGGUCAAACUCAGUGCAGACAACCUGAGACAGAAAAUUCUGAAGGUAACAGAACAGAUCAAAAUUGAGCAAACAUCCCGUGAUGGGAAUGUCGCAGAAUAUUUGAAGCUAGUCAGCAGCGCCGACAAGCAGCAGGCGGGGCGCAUCAAGCAGGUCUUUGAGAAGAAGAACCAGAAGUCGGCUCACUCCAUUGCUCAGCUGCAGAAGAAGUUAGAGCAGUAUCACAGAAAGCUUCGAGAGAUCGAACAGAAUGGAGCCUCCAGAGGCUCAAAGGAUAUUUCCAAAGACAACCUGAAGGACAUACAUCACUCUCUGAAAGAAGCCCAUGUGAAGUCUCGAACUGCCCCCCAUGGCUUGGAGAGCAGUAAGUCGGGCAUGCCAGGGGUAUCCCUCACUCCACCUGUGUUCGUUUUCAAUAAGUCCAGAGAGUUUGCCAACUUGAUCCGAAAUAAGUUUGGCAGCGCCGACAACAUCGCGCACUUAAAAAAUUCCUUAGAGGAGUUUAGGCCUGAGGCCAGUUCAAGGGUCUACGGGGGCAGCGCUACCAUCGUGAACAAGUCCAAGUACGGCAGCGAUGACGAGUGUUCCAGCGGCACAUCAGGUUCGGCUGACAGCAAUGGGAACCAGUCCUUCGGGGCUGGUGGGUCUGGCACGCUGGACAGCCAGGGCAAGCUCAGCAUGAUCCUGGAGGAGCUGAGGGAGAUCAAGGACACCCAGGCCCAGCUGGCAGAGGACAUCGAGGCACUAAAGGUGCAGUUUAAGAGGGAAUAUGGUUUCAUUUCUCAGACCCUGCAAGAGGAAAGGUACAGGUACGAGCGCCUGGAAGACCAGUUGCAUGACCUGACGGACCUGCACCAGCAUGAGACGGCCAACCUGAAGCAGGAGUUGGCCAGCGCCGAGGAGAAGGUGGCCUACCAGGCCUAUGAGCGCUCCAGGGACAUCCAGGAAGCCUUGGAAUCCUGCCAGACUCGCAUUUCUAAGCUGGAGCUCCACCAGCAAGAGCAGCAAACCCUGCAGACAGACGCGGUGAACGCCAGGGUGCUCCUGGGGAAGUGCAUCAACGUGGUCCUGGCCUUCAUGACUGUCAUCCUGGUGUGCGUGUCCACCAUCGCCAAGUUCGUCUCACCCAUGAUGAAGAGCCGCUUCCACAUUCUUGGCACCUUCUUUGCUGUGACGAUUCUUGCAAUAUUCUGCAAAAACUGGGACCACAUUCUGUGUGCCAUAGAAAGGAUAAUAAUACCAAGAUGAAGCCACUGGUUCCUGCCUUCACGUUUUCCCAAGUUUUUAUUUUAAUGAAAACUGUGCAAACUACCAAAUUUUUAAAUGAACAGUUGUGCUGACUGAAGAUUAUAAGGACUGGAACUGUGUGGUGUAAAUAACUACAAUUCUCUUAAUUCGGUAGCAGUUGCCAACUCAGUCCCUGUACUUGGUUAACAUGAAUCUGUUUCAGAGCUCUCCCCACAUGGCUCACUGCCUUAAUCAGACCAGAUUCCCUGCCCACCUGACGAGCCCAGCAUGGUGAACCCCUAUUUCUUGAGCCCUUGGCAUUAUUAGCAACCCAGAGGAAAAGGGGCCUCCGUCUCUAUUUUCCCUUAAAAUCUUUUGUCACAGUUGAGCUUUGCGGUGGUUGUGGUGUCCUGUAAACAGCAAGGAUAUGACAUGAUUUGAGGAGGAGAAGAAAUAUAGGCAUUGGCCAUGCUGAACACUUGUGGCCUGUGGAAGUAUAGCAGAUCUCUGUAUAAUCUGUCCCACUUGGCACAGAUGAGCAUAUGUCCCUAUGUACUCAGUGUUCAGUAGUCAAUCAUACGUGACCUCAUAAUGUGGAAAUCUUACACCUGUUUAUCCAACCRGUCUCUCUUACAAGUUUUGUUGCACUUUAAAUGGUAAGACACUAGGAUGAUUCCCAGGGAACCACCACCUGAUUUUGUCUUAAUUCCUUAGCAAAUAACCUUUGGAGUAUGCAGAAAUAUUUCCAUUUCCUCAACAAACUGGCUUUGUUAAUUCUGGGCCCUGUGAAAACCACUCCAGAGUUUUGUGUUUUGGCAAAUCUUAAUUGUGACAAAUCCCCUUUGAGGAAGGGAUUUUUGUGGGAUCGGUUUUACUCAGGUCUGUGAAGAUGGCAAUACUUACUCAGGAAGUAAAAUCAAAUGAUGCUUGUGUUGCAGGGUGUUUUCUUGAAGAAGGACAGCAAGAUUGUAGUUUGCAAAGCUAACAUCCACUGAGGUAGGAACACUGAAACUGAAAGCAUGAGGAAGAUAUGACAUUUGGUCUAUUUGGAUUGUGACCAGAUGAGUGGAAGCCCAUUCACCUGGAUGGAGAUUGAGAGGGUCCUUUUAAGGAUGUGAAAGGCCAGCAAGAAUAGAAUAAAUUAAAUCUAGAAUUUGAGCCAAGAUUGCCAUCUGUCUCUUAGGAUCUCACUGAGAAAAGUUCCAAGGUAAUAGAUUGCCACCCUGCCACUGAAGGAAAGCAUUCACAAGUUAAUAUCUUCGUCCUGUUUGGAGGAUUCUAUCUUCAGCUCAGAUAAUAACUUUCUUUUUAAAUAUGUUUCUCUGUAAAACAAAAAGGAAGACAUAGGCGAUUUUAAUGAGAACUGCUAUUCAGCCCCUCCUCCUCCUCCUGUAACCACCCCCACCUUCCCAAGGCCGGUGUAAAGAUGCAGAUUAAUGUAGAUUUUCUUCCAGAAGAGGUCAGCUCUCCUGGAUUUAAAUUAAGUGCAAUAUUUUGCUAACAAUUGUUUUUAGGGAAAUCUCCUGGAAAAAAAUGUGACAGUGCCAUGGUUUGAAAGAAUGGAAGAGUUGAGCAUUUACUACCAAGUCUAGCACAUGUGCGUGAGACACGACUCAACCUAUCUAUUUUUUUAAAUGUAAGAUUCAGUAGUUUUUAGUAAAUUCACAAACUGUUCAACUGCAAUCCCAGAUUCUAGACUGAAGCUUUUUUAAAACAAUAAACAUUGUUUCAUGAAAUCUUUGGUUAUAAAGUAUUUUGUAAUCAGAGACAAGGGAGUUACUAGUCCCACCCCAUGGCAUGGUUAUGUCCCCUCUCUGUGCCAGACACCCCCAGGGCUCCCAAGCUGACUGUAUACACUGUGAUCCAUUGAAUCCAGCAGACAGACAAGGGUUCUGGGUCGAGAGCAGGGAAGGAGAAAGAAUGGUGUGCUUGCAUCAGCCUUUAUCCUUAAGUGGAGCAGAGCUCAUCUUACUGCUUGGGGAUCUUUCUGAGGGGUUCUUUGGACAUGCCACAGGUGGGAUGGGUGUCGAUGCUGCUGGUAGUUCAGAGGGAAUGAGUGGGAUUUCUACCUUGAGGCUGAGAGCUCUGGAAGGACCCAGGAAGAGAGCACCAUUCUGUGUGGGCACACACCGCUCUCUGCCAGCCCCUUGCUGUGACUGACACAUCUCAGACCUAGAAUCUGUGUGUCUUCUCCCCAGAGAGAGGAGAGAAGAAAAUGAGAAGCAGCACGCUGUGCCCCCUCCAGUCUGGAGCCAUUAACAGAACCUCCUAGAACUGGCUCCAUUUGGAAAUAGUGGAGGGCCUAAAUCAUCCGACUUGAUCAUGAAUUCCUUUUAAAAAUUCAUAUUUCCAUUGACUCUCAUUAAGUGUCAAACAACCUUGUUUUCACUUGGACAUGCUCUGCCUACAUGCACAUUUAUUUUAACGUCUCAUGGAAAGUUCAUGAAGCUUUUUUCUCACGCUUUUCCGUACUCUCUGCGGUUUAUUCUCCUCUUAAGGAACAUGCCUCUUAUUGUUUGUUCUCUUAAUGAAAUAACAUCUUUUAAAUAUACAGUUAAAAAAUAGUGAUAUGGCUGUGACAUAUUCUGGAAUCGGAGACUUAAUUGACAUUUAAGUCAACUGGCCCCUUGUUUGCACCUUUCCUUGGCAGUAAAAAUCCUGUGCCUGUCUGAAAACGAACACCGGUUGUUGGCUGGGUGAAGUACCUUGUCACUGCAUAAGCCUUAGUGAGCCAUUUAAGAUGCGGGAUUCUAGCGGCAGGUUGUUCAGUGACCUAUUAUCAUCAUGAUAACUAGGAUAAUGAUGGUUCAUUAGAGACAAAAACUUUAAAAAUUCUUGUGGGUUUUUAAUUACUUCAGCUCCUCUUUGGGGUAUGAUUAAGCCAGAACAAAACCUUUUCUUGAAACAAACAAAAAAAACCAUACACACACACACACACACACACACACACACACACACUGAAGCAGCACCUAAAGCACUCCAGGGCUGAUUUUGGACAGCAGACACAGGCGUCAGGCCGGCAUGAUCCCUAAAGCCCACUGAUAGGGUGGAAUCUUCUGAAACACCCCUUUCACUUUGGCCAGAGAUGCUUGGUAAUUAUCCUGUGGAUCAGCAUUCUCCUGGCUUUAGCCCUCCUCCUGCCUUGUCAGUCUUACUUUCAUUUAGAUUUUGCCCCCAGUGUAUAUUUAUUUCCCUGUCACUUUUCUAGCAUAUCAGGUUUAAUUAUAGGUUCAAUAAUACAGAAGGAACUAGUUUCCCUCAGGCAACUAAUUACAUGUGUCCUUUUGGGUUGAAUUUUAAAUACCAAAUUAUUUUGCAUUGAAUGGGAACRAUUUAUUUAUUUUUUUUUACAUUAAAUGCAGAUAGAGUUGUAUUGGUUUGAAACAACUUAAAUACUAAUCUCAAAAUGUGUGAUUAAACAACCGCAUUUUGCUUGUUCCUUUCAUUUUGAGGAGUGGGCUGGGGUUGUGAAGACAUGGCAUUGUUUCAAAUUUCAGGCUUAUCUGGAGAGGUAAGAAGGCCAAGCACACACACUAGAAGGGAGUGAGUCUCUAAAAGAUAAAUCUGAAAACAAUAAGAUUGGCCUAUUCACAACAAAAGUGAGUAAGAAGCUUUAAAAAAUUCCAGGUAACAGGAGCUUGGUAACCCCUAAGGUAGAGGUAGAAGUCAAUACAAUUCCGUUUAUAAAAAGCUGGAAAGUAAUGUACCUUGAUUGUUCUAGGAAUGAUUUAUGUGUUGCAGUUUUAAUUUAUUUAAAGCAUGUCUGCCAUGUUUGUCAUAAGAGAAAUGUUUCAACAAAAUGUGCUGUUUAAGAUGCAUUUAGGCAAUACUUAGCGGCUUUGAAAGUAGAAACUGGAAAUGUUGAUUGUGAUGUUUGUGAAUUUCCAUUUUGUGAAAUACUACAUAGUGUCACGUCAGCCUACAAUUGUAAUUUCUCUGUAGAUCUCCACCCCGUGGUGGUGUCAUCAAUGAAUUCAAAGCAGGUGCCAUUAUUUUUUUAAAUAAACACUUGACAUUAGCUUUGGUGUUAAAUAAAGAGUUAGCUUUCUUAAAUU